UGCUGGGCUGUGGGUGAGGCUGAGCCCGCAACCAGACUGAAGCUGGGGAAGCUAAAGGUGGUGCGGCGGCAGCUGCUGCAAAGGUAUGAACACCAGCCGUUUGUGUCCUGCCUGGCUGGACUCUAUGGCUGCCAGUGGAGGAGAUACCAAAGAGCACGGGCGCAGCCCGGAGAGUGCUGCUGCAGCAAGGUGGAGUGUGGCAGCUUCGGGCUCCUGAUCCUCACCUUCUUCCUGAGUUUUGUUUUCCUUUAUUUCUGGAGCGAAGCUCAGAACGACUACAAUGACUUUGACUGGUUUAAUUUUGGGAAUCUCGGCUUCUGGUUCCCCUGGUCUCUGGUGCUGCUGGCCAUCGCGGCGGCUCUCUUCACGUACAUCGCCCUGCUACUGGUGUUGGCGGUGUGUCUGCUGUCUGAAGGUCAAAGGUUAUACCUCCACUGGAGCCACAAGACCGGCAUCAUGGUGGCGCUGGUGUUCUCCGUCACGGCCACUGGGAUCCUGUCUGACCUCUGGAGCAAAGAGUGGAAAACUCUCCAGCUGUCCCUGCAGGUGACGGCUCCUUUCCUCCAUGUGGCUGCCGUCUCGCUCAUGGCGGUUCUCUCCUGGCCGACGGCGUUGCACUUUUUUCGUAUGAACAAGAAAGUCCGUCAGGUCGUGGUUCUGGCUCUCUACCUGUCCGUGUUGUUCUCGCUCUACCUGGUUCCCCUCGGCAUGUACUCGCCCUGCAUCAAGGAGGCGGGAACUCUGGGACCAGCGCCCGCUCUCAUUGGUCACAGAGGAGCUCCAAUGCUGGCUCCAGAGAAUACCUUGAUGUCCUUUGAAAAGGCCGUCGAAUCAGGAGAAGGCCUGGAGACGGACGUCACAAUAAGUUAUGACGGCGUUCCCUUCCUGAUGCACGACUCCACGCUGAGGAGGACCACCAACGUCGCCGAGGUUUUCCCCAAUCGGACGCACCUGGACGCCGCCAUGUUCACCUGGGCCGAGAUACAGCAGCUGAACGCCGGCAGCUGGUUCCUGCUGAGGGAUCCGUUUGGAACCGCAUCGAGCCUUUCUGAGACGGAUCGCUCUCAGGCCCAGAACCAGUCUGUUCCCUCCUUGGCCCAGUUCCUGGAGGUGGCAGCUGCCAGAGGCAAACUGGUGCUGUUUGACCUGCGCAGGCCACCGUAUGGACAUCCCUACAGACCCUCCUACAUCAACACAACUCUGCAGGUCGUCCAGGCCCACAUCAACUCCUCACAGGUGCUGUGGCUGCCGUCUGAGGACCGGGCUCUGGUCUCCGGUCUGGACCCGGCGCUGCAGCAGACCUCCGGGCUGAAGGCUUCCAUCCAGGAGCUGACGGACGACGGCAUCAGCUGGCUGAACCUGCACUACAGCACCAUGUCGCAGCAGCAGAUCUGUAAGUACCAGUCGGUCAACAUCAGCACCAACCUGUACGUCAUCAGCCAGCCGUGGCUCUACACGCUGGCCUGGUGCGCCGGAGCGCAGUCCGUCACCACCAACUCCAUCCACAUCCUGUCCAGCAUCAACAAGCCGCUCUUCCUCAUGACUCCAGAGGAAUACUCCCUGAUGUGGAUCCUGACCGACUUGGUCUCUGCCUUCCUCAUCUUCGCCAUUUUCACGUUCCACUGGUGGAGAGAGCGCGGUUUGCCCUUCGUGUCCGGCAGCCGGCAGACCAACGACAACGGACCGUACAGCAAGUUCAGAACCGAGCUGAGCGACGUUUGGUCCAUCUCCAGUGUAAACGUGCGGCCCGACCUGCGGAGCUCUCCCAGUUCUCCCAGUAGCCCCCACCUGCCCACCAUUACAGAGGAGUGACUGGAGGCUUUACAAAAGCCACAUCUCCAAUCAUGAACCAAACAGAAAAUUAUGGAGUUAAAAAAAUAAA